GACAAACCUUAGAACUAGAACAAACCAAAGAAGUUUGCCAUGAAAUUAAUACUCCUGAUGCUAAACCAAUUAAACAACAAGCUUACAAAGCAUUACCAAACAAUUUAGAGUUCUUGGAAAAAGAAAUUAAAGAAAUAGAAAAACAUGGAAUUAUUCAAGAAUCAAAUAGCCCAUAG